AAUUGUCAAAAAUAUUAUUCAAAUCAGUGAUAAUUGAAUGAGUUAUUUUACCUAAAUAAUUUAUUUUUAAUCAAUGCAAGUGUUCGUUUCUUUCCUGUGAUACAAGUGAUGACAUUGUUUUGGUGAUGCAAAUAAUAAAAUGUGGGUUAUAAAUGCAUUUGAACUGUUCACUAAAUUAUUGCAUUAGAGUGUCUUUAUGACUGCCAAUUGGAUUACACAAUAUUUAUGGGACGCUCAAGUAUCCGCACAGUAUUGCCAGCGGCCCCUGACAUGAGGGGCUGGUUCGACGCAUUCCGCAGCGACGGCGGUCCCACGCUGUAUGGCUUCAACAACCGCACCCCGGUCACGGGAGAUGUCCACACGGUGGCCGCGUGCGUUUUGUUCGGCACGCUCUACCUCGCUUUCUUGCUCGUCUUCCCUGGCGUACGAAAACAGAGAUUCACCACGUUUGUUACCGUCACCUUAAGUUUAUUUGUUGGCUGCGUUAUUUUAGUGGCUAUGUUGGGCGCCGGUUGGCACGUGGCGUGUACGGAGGUAACUGCUUCAUAUCGGGCAUUUUCCAAUGAGAAAAUUUCCGCAAGAAUUGGAGCCCACGUAGGUCUAGGAUACGUCAACGUUACGAUGACUGCAAUACCAGUUGGAAAUUGGUCACCUCCGUCUGAUAUAGACUACAACGAAAGAUUCCGAUGGGGCGGAGCGGGCGAGAUGGAGGACAGCUACGAAGCGGCUUUACGACGAGGACUGCCCUAUCCCGUCCUUACGGUCGCUGAAUACUUCUCGCUGGGACAAGAAGGAUUCGCUUGGGGAGGACAAUAUAGAGCUGCGGGAUAUUAUGCUUCGAUUUUACUUGGUACGGCAUUGGCGUGUUGGCUGCUUAUGAACCUGCUCCUGGUAGCUGUCCCGCGAUAUGGAGCCUAUUUGAUGUUUACGACUGGGCUUUUAUUGGCUGCCACGGAUUUAGGCUACUAUCUGAUGUUGCCAGCAAGGCCUCUACGAAUUGUACUUGAAGGCGGAGCGCUCGAUUUUCGAUUAGGAUGGUGCUUCUGGCUGGUCUUAGUUGCUG